ACAAGGGCAUUGUUAAUUCUAAAUAUGCAAAUGAGCCGUAAUGAAAUUCAUUAGCCAUUUUGGAUGCUCCGAGAACUCCAGAGGAACCUAAGCACCAACAAUGUCACCUUUCCUUCCGUUGAUUUUACUGUCAGUUGUCGGUUACGGUUUGGGGUACAAUUGUCUCAAUACCGGAUACGACUGUAAAAACGGAGGGGCGUGCGAUUACUUCGGUCGUUGUAAAUGUCCUCCGGGUUUUAAGGAAUACGAUUGCGGACUGGACUCAGCGACUGUCACGCCACUGUCAGAGCGCAGAGCCACCUGUCUGAAUAAAGGGGUUUGUUUCAAUGGGAUCAGUUGUUUCUGCCCAGAAGACUACAUAGGGACAAAGUGUGAGGUGCCUGUUCUGAGCGCUGAAUGUGGAAUGUCGUCAAUGAAGAUCAAAGCAUACCGACCCGUCAACUUUAACGGCGAAAUGUUUCUGAAGCAAAGCAUGUUUGGCUGUAAACUUAGAGAAAUGUUCACCAACAUCCCAGGAUAUAAGAUGUAUGAAUUAGAAGUGCCACAUCUUGCAAUUUCACCUUGUGCUUUGAGGAAAACAGAAAAUGCAGAGACAGGAGAUACAACUUAUGAAGUGGAGGUCGCAACUGCACAUACCAAGGGAUUAUUCAGUAUGUCAGACACCGUACACAGCGUCAAAUGUGUCUAUGAAGCAAGACGUAUCGGCGAAAACCCUGUUGACGUCACGAAAGAUAUGAAUCCUGUGUCAAUUAAAGUCGUGGACUCCAACGAGCGACCUUUGAUGCAAGUCCCAAGAAACGAUGCAUUCUACGUUCUAGCGGAGUCCACCGAGAAGUUCCCAGAGGCCACAGGUGCACGUGUAAGGUAUCUGGAGGCUUACAGUCUCGAUAGACAGACCAACCAGGUGAAAUCUAUCAAACUGAUUGAGGACGAAUGUCCUAUAGAAUCGGCUGUCGGCCUUUUGGGGUUUACUCCUUCAAAUGUACCAUUCGAGCUGAAUAUGAAAUGGCUUGGACGCGUGGAAAUGAAAGGUUUCUUUUUAGUGGAUGGCGAACCUCUGUACCUUGAUUAUCGUGUAAAGCUGUGCAGGAGAAAAUGUUACGAGAAAUCCUGCAAUUCACCAGGCCCUAUCCAGAUCCCGGCGAGCGCACCAUUUAAGGACGUUAUAAAUCCGAUCGAAGUUGUAUAAACGUAUUUUAUGUGCUUUUCGAAAAACUCUGUCAGUGUUGCGAUGCUAGAAAAUCCGGGUGAUUAAAUCAAUUAUAUAAGCGCAAACAAUUCAAAAAUAACCAUCUGAAAAAGGCAUAGCAACGGAUAGUUUUAUGUUAAGCAACACUAUCUGUAUUAUUUCAUGUCCGUGAUGUUUGAAUGUGCCAAUGUCAAUUCAAAACUAGAUUAUUCUAUGUUGAAUUCUGAAUACUAAUAAAAUACACUACAAAAA